GUUUGAACUGACGUCUUUUCUCCCUGGGCUGUGUGUUGUGUUCCCUCCUACAGGCCGGGCAGGAGCGCUUGGUGACAUCGGCGUCCACACCGGGCAGCAGUGCCCUUGAGCCUCUGAGAAGAUGGUUCAAGAACGGUGUGUGAAGAAGAGCUUUCUAGACAGCCUGGAAGACAUAAAGGAGCGCAUGAAAGAGAAGCGAACAAAGAAGCUGGCAAAGGUGGCCACCGUCAGUAAGGCUUUAUCCACCAAAGUCAAGAUAAUCAACAACAGCUCUGUAACGGUGAAGAGUCUCCAGGCGAACAACAAAUCCCUCGCCCUGGCUGUUGAAGCAGAAAAAUGUAAGACCAGGCAGGCUCAGGAUCUUAUUCUUCAUUUAAAGCGAGAGCACCAGAGGCUGAUGUUUGAGAACUUUAUUCUACGGAAGAAGCUGAACAUGCAGCGAGAGAGUAACUCAUCAGACGCAAAAUUGGCAUCCUUGAAGGAAAUAAUUUCCAAAAUCACUCACAAUCUGGUGGAGACAGUGGACCUGCUUGGCCCUGCACAUGCCUUGUGUUGCAGCGAUGGAAUUCCGACAAGUACCCCAGCAUCUGUGGAGGUGAAACGCACUGCUCUGCCUUCUGAACCUCUGGUACAGAUGUGUGAGCCAGCCACGGAUGCACAGAGGAAUUUUAACCCUGUGUUACAGAGAGGAUCAGUUCCUGGCAGAAGAAAUCGUCUGGAAGAAUCUAAAGCAUGGGCUUCUAGCUCAAGUCAACCCAAGUCUAAUCUCGAGAAACCAAAUUCGGAAGCUGAACAGAAUAAUAGUUUUUUAAGAAAUGUGUCUAUGAGACGCCGUGCCUCUAGCUUAAACGUCUGUAUAGAGGAAUUGCCCAUUAUAAAGUCACUUGAGGAAGAGCCAAAUCUCAAUCCCAGGUGUGAUGUUUCUGAAGAAGAAAUGCUGAUUCCUGCUGAAUGCUUAAAUAAAAGUAGUAAUGAUGGAGUAAUGGACGUGUACCCUGAUCAGAGCCCAUCAAAAGAAGAAUUUAUUCCAUUUACAAACCAUUCACAGAUAUCAAGUUCAACCCCUGAACCCAAACCAAAGCAAUCUCAGUCUCUUAAAUGCAAAUCAGAGUCUCGCGCUGGGAGGGAAAAGGUAAGGAAAGGCAAAACAGAUUGGCAAGGUCCUGUCCAGCUGAAAAAGCCUUGGGAAAAGUCAAAACCGAGGGACAGAUCAAAGAGUCGAGAGAGGAGUGCAAGCAAACCGAUAAUCUCCAAAGACAAAGUCAACACGUCCUUAAAUUCAGGUGAUGCUUAUGAUUUUUCCUGUGAGGAAAGCAUACACAUAACACCUUUUCGGCAAACCAAACCAGGCAGCAACCUCGAAGAGAACGAGGAGCCAGUCAAUGACCAGUCAUUGAAAAGCCCCAGCAGUAGUAGUGAAGAGGAGCUCAAUGACAGCUUGUAUGUGCCUACUAAAGCCAAGGCCAAAAGUCGUAAUGUGGAGCAAAAUGCAACAUCACUUCCUUUAAGACCGCGGUCCAAACGAAACAAACCUCUGCAGCAGCAAAGUGCCGAAAAGACUGAAAAUAAAAGCAGUGAACAGGCUAAAGAAGAUGUCGCCAGAGGAAAGAGAAGCACAAGAAAUGGUUUCAAAGGCUCAGUGGAGACUGCGCUCAAACCUAGUAAGACCCCAGAUGGAAGCAAAGAAAAUGUCUUGAUGCCAGAACGCAUAAAUACGAAGGAAAACGCCAAGCUAAGCACGAAUGUCCACGCUGCUCAGGACGACCGGGUGUAUUCUAUAGACAGGAAUAUGUGUGAAUUUGAGGGUACUUCUGCAUCUCAACGUAUCAGCCUGUUAGAUGUCACAAAUCUGUCCACAGGCUCCGGGAGUAUUGAAUCAAAGAAACACUCCUUCCCGUUUUCUGACGAAAAAAGGAAAAUGUCUGGAAGUUGCAUGAGGAAGAGGAGGUGUACAGUGACGGUCAAUUACGCAGAGCCAAGUCUCAACAAGAAACUCAGAAGAGGCGACCCCUUUACAAAUACGGAGUUUUUACUUUCUCCCAUUUUCAAGAACGAUAAUCCAAAUCGUAAAUCUGCUACCAGGAAAUCGCUUGCAAAAUACAAUGAAGCAUUUGUUGGCUGUCGUUAAUGGACUGAAAACUACCAACUAUUCUAAAUGUACAUAUUGUAAAUGCUAAUAAGGGUCUGUGUGGCCAAUGCAGGAUGCCCCCACUCAUAACUUUAGACAACAGGCCACCUCUACUGCUUGGCGUAACAUCCGGAAAGUUGUAUGUUUGCUUUUCAGCUGUGACUUUCACAGGAACUGCAGACCCUGGACUUGUACAUACUAGUAAAUGGAAAUCCCAGCCUAGAAAGGGGAAUGCCACAGAUAUCAAUAUACAGUUAUAUAUACUGGCAAUUAACCUGACUCCUGUUGUGAGCAGGAACCUCCACAAAGGUGUAGGUAUCCUUUAACAUCUUGUGUCCUUCUCUGCUGGAGGUAGUCACUUAUUACAUCUAGAUACAAUGUGUCACAGCGGUGCACACUGCAGUACGUAUUCAUCAUGCGCCUCACAACGAGGAAAGAAGCCGGUGUCUGGAGCUUUGUGUACAAUGGCUCAGUGAUACAUUGGACGACUCUAUUGUAAUAAUACCGUCAUUAGUACGAAAGGUGUCAGUGUCCAGUGCUUAAAAGGAAUCUGCCACCAUCACACUUCCUGAACUAUUAUCUGCUGUAAGCAGUCCGAUUUUAUUUUCCUUCUGUCCCCCAUUCCCUUGCAGUCAGCGCUCAAAGCUGCAGAGGACUCCUGUGCACAUGCAGUGUGUUUCGGUGCAGCUUUAAGCGCUGACAGCAGGGGAGUGAGAGACAGUAGGAAAAUUGAAAAAUGCAAUCUACUCUUUCUGUACAGUACUACUCAUGUAGCACAGCUGAUAAUACUGCAAAAUUGUAGUGACUAAUCCCCUUUAAAGCUCCAGACACCAUGUUCUGCUCUUAAGCCAUUAAGGCGCUAGCUGCAUGAUUUUAGCAUCUUGUUCCCUGGUCAGAGAUCCCCCCCC